GCGGGGCACGGCGAGGUGCCCGCCGGCGGCCGCCAGGUACCUCCCCCCGCCGCCGCCCCUUCCGCCCCCUUUUGCGGCGGUGCCAGGCGGCCGCCGGGUUUCCUGCUGACGCCGGGGAGCCGCGGAUGGGCAGGAAGGGCCGCCGCCGCCUCUCCUCCCUCCCGCCUCGCUCGCCCCGCCGGCAGGAGCGCGGAGCGGCCGGGGCUGAAAGCUCGCCGGGAGAAGCGGGGCGGAGGGGGCGCAGGUGCAGGGCAGGCCCGGGCGGCCGCGCUGAGGGGAGGGCUCCGGCCGCGGGCGGACAUGGCAGCCCCCGCUUCUUGAAUGCUGUCAGCCGGCCCCCCCGCCGCCGAUGGCCGAAGCCUGGAGGCUGGAGGAGGACGAGGAGGAGCUGCGGGAGCUCGGCAGGAGGCACCGGAGGGUCGCCCUGAGCUCGGCGGCAGAUCGCUCUGAAAGAAAUAAACCAGACUGCCGCUCUUCAGGGCAAGGACCCUUGUCAUCCAUAAGAGCAGCAAUCAAGAGAUCUUCUCGGACCUCUAACCAUAGUGAACAGCAGAGGGAUAGAAGGCGUCCUGAAAUUACAAUAGUUGCUGCUGAACCCCUCCGGCCAUCAUCCUGGUUUCCAGGUGCAAGCCCUGUAACUCCUCAUGGAUUAGGAUUCCCUUCUGCUUCAUCUCAUGCUCAGUGGAGGAGAAAUGAGCAUAUUCCAGCUGAGCUUCCACCAUCAUAUGAGCAGGUGAUAAAGGAAAUCAAUCAAGUGCAAGUCAAUACAACAAAUAACAAUAAUGCUGCUGCUCCUAGACAUACCACUACUUCUGCAACACAAACUGACUUUCCAGAGGAACUAAUCAGCCAUUUGCCAGGAAGUAAUGUAAAAACUAAUGUGCCCACACACUGGGAAUCUGCAGGCUAUCCAGGGCAGAGUCCUCUUAAACCUCCUAGGCCUUCUGCAUCUCUCCUGAAUAGGUCUCCUUCAGAAAACGAGAAUCCCUUAAUAGUCUUUGAAAUUUCUGAAGGUCAGAGAUGCCAGGAAGAUCUCAAUGCUGUGAUAUGUCCUGUGCCAAAGCCAAGAUCUAGAAGCAAUCUCAGACCUGUGGUCAAAAGUACUGAAAAUAAGAUAGACAAUGGAGAAGUGAACCAGUCUACCACAAAAAGGCAGCAACCUCCAAUUCAGCAGUCGCCUCUCUUAAAUGAUAGCUUACUAGACAAUCAUUUGGCGAUGGACAGCAUGAGUACAGAAAAGAGCCAAAAUAGUAUUGUUUCAAGGAUCAAAGUAUUUGAAUCGCAAGGAACUAAUGAUACCUCAGGAUUAUCAAAAAAGCCAGAAAUUGCCCCUCGUUCAUUCACCCCGAGAUCUGUUACUGCAAAGAAGCCAGUAGUUGCUCCAAAGCCAGGGGUAAGCAGAAUUUCAGGAGACUGGGAUGCAUGGACAGAAGGCAAAUCAACACCUUCCAAGGAAUUGCAGCCUCAACCUGAAGUAGUUGGGAGCAAUCUUGUCACCAAACCUGAACUGCCAAAGAAGCCAAAACCUGGCCUUGUUAAAAGUAGUAGUAGUGAUUUUCUUGAUGCAAGGAGUGGAUCAGUUGCAGAGAACAGUGAGGGACAGAAGAAAUUUCCUGUUCCUGCUCCAAGGCCUCUCAUUCCUAAAAAGUCACGUUAUGCAGAAAAUCCUGCCCUUUCUUUGGCCCCGCUAAAACCGAUUGCUGCUCUCCCACGGGCUUCUGUAUCCGCCCAAGAAAAAGUUUUCAAGUCUCUGGGGGAAUUGCCACCUGCAGCCAACUCUUCAGCACCUGCCUUGCAAAGCAGAGGAGAUGUAGAAGGAGAUUUGAUCAGUUUUGAUGAUGAUGUUUUGCCCCUAAGUCCAGCUUGUGUAGUUAAAGAUAGCAUCAGUUCUGAAGCAGCAGCAGAUCCAUUUCAGUUCCUCACCAAAAGUGAACCUGCAAAGGAACAGACAGCCCAACCAGCUUUAGCCCGGAAACCCACAGUGAUCCGAAUCCCAGCUAAACCUGGGAAACCUUUAAAUGAAAUCCUGCAUAGCCCUCCACCACUUCCUGCUGAAAAGCCUAUUGGAAACACCUCCGAUAUCACAGUGGGAAAACCCAACAGUGGUGACCUAGUAAAAAAAGUGGAGUUGGACCGUUCAGAACAGGGUGGAAUGCCUCAGCUAGAACCUGUACUACCCCCAAGGCCUGUGGAUGGAAAAAUUAUACCUGCUCGACCUCCCCCACCUAAAGGUGUUCCUGGAAGGCCACCUCCACCAAAACUGUCUGCAGCCAAGACCACCUCCCAUAAAGAUGCUCUUUCACGAUCUACUUCUGACAUCGCUCCAGAUAAAAAACCCAGCAAGUUCAGAUUGGGACCCAAGAGAGCAAAAACUCAAGUCCUUAAAAGUCCAGAUCCAGCCUUACCUCCUAGACCUAAACCAGGUCAUCCUCUCUACAAUAAAUACAUGCUACCUGUGCCUCAUGGAGUUGCCAAGGAAGAUUGUCUUCCCAGGAACACUGGAGAACCGCCCUGUAAGGAUUCAAACCACCCUCCAAAAGUUCCUGACACAAGUGCACCUCAUGCUGUAGUCCUGCAUGAUUUUCCUGCAGAGCAUGCUGAUGACUUGGACCUUCAUUCUGGAGACACCGUUUGUCUUUUGGAGAAAAUCGAUAAUGAGUGGUACAGAGGAAAAUGUGGGAAUCACACAGGGAUAUUUCCUGCCAGCUUUGUUAAAGUAGUUAUUGAUGUUCCUGAAGAAGCCAACCGGAAAAAAAUACCCUGUUCAUCACGAUGUAUAAAAGGCCCAAGAUGUGUAGCACGAUUUGAAUAUAUUGGAGAUCAGAAAGAUGAACUCAGUUUUUCAGAAGGUGAAUCUAUUAUCCUUAAAGAAUAUGUAAAUGAAGAGUGGGCCAAAGGAGAGCUCAGAGGCACAUCUGGAAUUUUCCCCUUGAACUUUGUGGAAGUAAUUGAAGAUCUGCCUGAAACAGGUACAGGAGCAGCACUGAAGAACAAGGUGGAGGUUUCUUCUUCCCUUCCUCAGAACAACAGACACUCAGUAGAGUGGUGUGAAGCACUUCAUGAUUUUACAGCAGAAACCAAAGAUGAUUUAUCCUUUAAAAAGGGAGACUACAUCCAAAUACUGGAACAAGUAGAUUCAGAGUGGUAUAGAGGAAGACUGAAUGAGAAGGAAGGGAUUUUCCCGGCAGUUUUUGUUCAGACCUGCUCAGCCAGGGUGGAGCUGUCACAGGCUGUAGGAGGGAAGAAGGGAAAAGCCAAAGCUCUUUAUGAUUUUCAUGGAGAAAAUGAAGAUGAGCUUUCCUUCAAAGCAGGUGAUACAAUAACAGAGCUGGAAGCUGUAGAUGAAGACUGGAUGAGUGGAGAGAUACGAGGAAGGUCUGGGAUAUUUCCCAAGAACUUUGUUCAGAUUUUAAAAACACCAUGAAGUGUUGCCUCCCUUUGCACUCCCUACAUGUGGGAGAGAAUGUUUUCUAUCCUAAAGGCACAGGAAAGAUAUCAGCGUGUUUUGACUAUCGAUGUUUUGCACUACUUUUUCUAGACAGUCAUACUAGUAUCUUGAAGUCAAAUAAGAAAACUUGAGUCUUUUGUGACCGUGUACGUAGUCAUGCUUCAUGAACGCUCUGAGAGCAAAUACAAGCAGGAUUUUUAGUGGUUUCCAACUAGGGAAACACUGUGGUGCAACACCAUUUUAACUUAAAUAUCAUUCUAGUAUGUUUACUAUCUGGUAUUACAUUUAUCAUGCACAAAGUCUGCAUAAAGUAAGCUGCUUGGGGCUUUUUAAAAAAACUUUUUAAAAUCUAAACUUAAAAAAAUUAUUUUUAAGAUAUAAUUACAGUACUCAGUAUGUAGAUCAAGUUUGAUAUUCAGGUUUCAUUACUGCUUCAGUUCCACAUUAGCAGUAGAAUCCACUUGUUUUAGGACUUAUAGGAUAAGGAAGAUAAUGGAUACUUCAUAGUAGAAAAAUAUCAAAUUAAUACUGGUAAGAGGGAAAACUCAGAAGCAAAUCCUUGUGUAGUAUUUUUCUAUUUUUAGCCCAAGCUGCUCAUACAGGAAGAUCACAAAAGUAAAACUUCAAGUAUUUUGCCUCUUAACAAGUAAUGUUCAAAAUUGGUAUAAAAUCAUCCGAGACCUUCUCCCCUUCCCCCUGAAUCCUCUCCAGAUCCAGGUUUAGAUUUUUCUACUGCCUGCUGCUGUGGGAGCGCCAUCAUUCCCUUCUUUGCCAGCUGAAGUUAGCUGUGGCAGACACAGUGUUUACCAAGCUCUCUCAGAUCUCCUCCAUGUAGUAGCUGCACUAUUCCAACUAUUUGCCCCUCCACCCCCUUCAUGUAAGGAGAAAGCCAGUCUUCACUCAGUCUGCAUUUCAUUUGUCACUCAAGCACUGGAACAUACUUCAGUAACACUAUUCCUAUCCUUAACAUGAAGGAUAUUAUACAGCCUUGGUUUCAGCUUUCAGCAGACAUGGAAUUAGUUUGCAGUUUGUUACCACAUACCAACUAUACUGAGCAUAAUUAUAACUGGUCUGUCGAGGCCUCGAGGAAAACAUGCCUGGCAAGAGGUUACUUACUUCAAGAAGCUCUAAAAAAGGCAUUUAGUAAAAAGCAGCAGUGAGACUUGAACGACAAAGUAAGGCAUGACUGAGGUAGCUUCAUGUUAUAGGAACUUCUGGUAGUAAAUUCCUUUUUCCAACACUUGGCUUCUGACAAAAUAGUUAAAUGCAUCUUGAUUAACUGCUAACUUCAUCAGACUGGAACAGAAAAAAUUAUGCUGCAGGUGGCUCCUUCAUUGCUGGCAGUAUUCCAUCACUUUUGUACUAUGUAACAAAAAAGAACCAGUAAGCCCUCAGCACCAGUCAUUACUUCAGAGAUCCAGGUCACUGGGUGUCAAGACAGCCUUACAAGAUUUUAAUUUGUGGGUCUAGAAGUUCAGAUUGCAAGAGGGCCAAAACUUGAGUGGUGGAUGGAGACUGGAAACUAGAAUCACGACUGACCUUGAGACGGUUUUGACUUAAGUCAUGAGCCUGCCUACAACUUUAUCGGUACAAGGUCUGAGUAUUACAGCAACAAAUACCUCCCCCUGCAAAACAUCGGGAUGCAUUUAUACUGGUGUCUAAGCCAGCUGGUGAGGGCAGCCCCCCCACCCUCCGCACUGCCCUUUGGUUACCGCCGCAGCGGGCAGAAACAAGCUCACAGCCAGGAUGGGACCGGAGGGCUGCCCGCCCCAGGGAACAGGCGUCCAGCUCGGGAGCGGAGCGGAGCUUCCCCUGACCUGAGCACGAGGAACAGGCAGCACAGACACCAGGGGCCCCCGGCACCGUUCCGCUCUGGGGAGAGGCCACAGCACUUGCAGAUAUAGACGCAGGCAUUAGGGCCCCCCCAGGGCCCCCCCCCCCCCCAUCUUCUUCCUCCAGAAGCUUCAUGUACAUGAAGCGUUGUGUAUUUAAACUGCACCAGUAGCAUUCACACAAUCAGGGGAUGAAGAUCAUACAAAGUUUUCUGAUGUGACAAGAACUGGAUUUCUGCUUUCAUUAAGGGGAUUAACCUUAUAAAAACUACUAUGAAUUAUGUGCUAUUCUAGAAAGAUAAAAACAUGACAAUUUAUACAGCUUUAUUCAGUUUUACCAUUCCCAAACAAGCCUAGUUUAAUUCAACAGGAGUUCUGGAUAAUGUAAGUCCUCCUUCCCAGUCUCCAGGCUCUCCUGUCAGAUUUCAAGUGUUCGUACUGUUUAUUCCAAUAAAAUACCUCUCUCCUAGAGAAAUCUGAGGAAAAACAUGUAGACAGAUAGUUUUCCUGACUCCUGCAAGCCCACUCAAGACUUUUCAACCAUAAACUUUCAGUGGCUCACCCUAUUAAAACAGGCUUCUUCCACCCAACGCAUUUCUUGACCUGCAGUGAGCACAGCAGGGGGAGAAGAGCAGAACCAAGCAAAGCCCACAGCAACAGAAUACCCAGGUCCUCCAAAGACAGACCAUGUCAUUGCAGUGGUGGACGAGGCUUAAGUGUAAGACAUUUACUUACUGUUUGUCUGGCAGUUUUCUAAUAUUUUGAUACAAGUCUCAAAAGUAGAACUGAAUUUUUCUAUUUUCAAUUUUCUCUUCCCUGUUUUUAUAACUGUGUAUUGACCUAUUGUUUUUGUAACUUCCACUGAACGUUUAGUCAGUGCCUGGCAGUAGAUAAGACCAUGCUGCUUUAUUUUAAUCAUCUCCUCCCUAUUAUGCAGGGCAGGAAGAGCAGCAAAGCCUUAUCUUCAGAGCAAGGAGUGACAUCUAAAGGCUGCUUGCAUUACUGCAAGCAGGUAAGACCGUAUUUAUUAAAGCCAAAAGAAGGGAUUUUCUUAAGACUUGAUGCCUAAUAUCACCAUGAAACUGCAUACAGUUUGUAACAUAAAAUUCCUAAAGUGUACAGUUCAUAAUCUGAAAAAAAAAAAAUCUGAGAAUGAGAUGGAGCACAAAUCUCAACUGCAAUAUAGUAGCAAAUUUCAGCUGUAACCUUGAAAUUCAGCUAGACCUCUACAUGUUAGUAUGUUAAUAAAAGCCUUAUUUCUCAAAGUGUUUUCUGUUUGACCCACCCUCUGGAAAUACCUUCAGGAAGACAUCUUUGUUCUGUGUACAAUUAACAGUGUCCUAAAUAAAUCUUUGUUAAGUCCAGUAAGUUUGUUAUGGUACCUCUGUAAAUUAAGUAUGUAUUUAACCAAUAAAAUUUUUAUAAUUAAGUGA